AUGCAACAUUAACAAUAGAAGUAUAUUUUGUGCGAUAAAAGUAACUAAUCAUAAUUAUCACUCAAUUUAUCAAAAAGCUAAUAAAAAUUAGUCUGCAAAUCAAUUCAUGAUUAAAUUAAAGAAAGAACUUAAUCAAAAGAAACUACUCAUCGAAGUACCUAAAACAAUUAAUUAUCUUAAAGAGUUAAAUAAUCAGGAUCUUUAAGUUCAGUUAUUGCAAAUUUCUUUGGUCCUUCUGAAUAAAAAAAGAGACCAAAUGAAGGUAGUGAAAAUAUUGAGAAAUCUAAAAUUUUAGUUAUUAAGGAACUAAAAAAUUUGUUAGAGUAAAAAGAUGAACAAAUAAAGAUUUUGACAUAAUAAUUGUAGACUAUUAAAUUUGGAUAAACUAUGUGUGGAAAUUGUAGUAAUUUAAAAGAUAAAUUCCAGAAAUUAUAAUCAUCCAUUAAUUAACAAUGUGAUUCAUUUUUAAUGGAAUUUCAAAAGAGUAUAGAUAAUGAAAACAACUUUGAAAAUGAAGAUAGAAUAUUAUGUAAUAAUUAAAAAGGUAUAGAUUUACAUAUCUAAUAAAAUAAAUAAUCAAUGAAUACAUUGAAAUAAUUAAUAGAAAAAGUGAGAAAUCAAUAUGAUGAAAUUGAUGAUAAUUCUAAUUGUUUAUUAAAGUUAAUGAGAAUAGAAAAGUAGGAAUUAUAGUAAAAGGUAGUAGAAUUGGAAUAGAAGGUGAAAGAAUUAUAAAAUAAUGAGUAAAUAAUGUAAAAAAAAUUAGAGUAGUUAUAAAAUCCUUAUUAGAAAUACAAAAAUUAAUUGUAAUAGAGUGCUUCAUUAACAAGAGUUAAGUAUAUAUAAAAUAUAAUAAAAAAAGUGGAGAGAUUGA